GUGAUAGCAGGAUGAUACUAUGUUCUCAAGUGAUUGUUUACAUUGCUUGUUGUGGUCUGCUAUCUCUUUGUCUUAAGGAUGUCACAGACUUCACCCAAUGUUCUGCUGCAUAGAACCCCUAUCCAGCUACUGUAGACAACUUGAGGCUAUGUCACAUAUAGGAAGUGGUCAUGGGAAGAAAAACAGAACUGUGAAACUACUGUGUCUGGAACUGACAGACAGACAGACAGACUGAUAGACAGACGCACCAGCAGAAUGGCAUCUAUAAGCGACGCCAUGGAAACCAACUGCUCCUUCGACGAGGUGGACCACCUGAUGACAUCACUGGAGCUCGUCAUCUACGUGCCCAUCUUCGUGUUUGGCCUUAUCCUCAACGUCCUCGCCCUGGUUGUCUUCUGCAUCUUCCUCCGCAAGUGGAGCGAGUCCACCAUCUACAUGACCAACCUAGCACUCAUGGACCUCCUUCUCCUCCUCCUGCUCCCCUUCAAGAUGCACGCCACCAACCACCAAUGGGAGGCCCACAACCGCUUCCUCUGCUCCCUCCUGGAGAGCCUUUACUUCGUGGGGAUGUACGGCAGCAUCUAUACCAUCGCCUGCAUUGCUGUGGACCGCUGGGUGGCCAUAUGCCACCCAUUCCGCGCCAAGCAGCUCCGUUCCCCCCGGGCUGCUCUGUGGACCUGCAUCCUGGUCUGGGUGGUGGUGCUGGGGGGCAUCUCCCCCAUCUACGGGUUCCGCAAGGAGGAAACAGGGUCAUUCCACUGCUUCCACACGUUCUCAAAGGAGGGCUGGCAUCCAAAGGUGAUCGGCUGCCUGUUGAGCUUCGGGUUCGUGGGGCCGGCCCUGGUGCUGGUGGUGUGUUCAGCCCAAAGCAUCCGGACACUGAGGCAGUCGGGCCAGGAGAGCCCUAAAAGCAGAAGCUGUGUGAAGAUCAUCUACAGUAGUCUUUGCGCCUUCCUGGUCCCAUUCACACCCAGCCACCUGGGCAUCCUGCUACAGUUCCUGGUGCAUCAACGCCUGAUCGAGGACUGCUUGGCCAAGACAAGGAUCAGCUUGUACAUUCAGGUGACCAUGAGUCUGGCCAACAUCACGUGCUGUCUAGACGCUCUAUGUUACUACUUCAUCACCACGGAGGUGAGGAGCUCCAAGCAGACCUUCACCUUCAGGAGGUCCAUGAGCCAGAAGAGAGCCACCACCAGCACCUCGGAGCUCUGACGAGACCCUUGGAGGAAAAAACACUGAGCCAAACUGGUUGAAAUGACGUUUUAUCCAUUUUCGCCCACUGGGAAGUUACUGGCUGUAAUCUGACUAGGUUUGUGAGACAUUCUGCCACUGUUGGAGGACAAGGGACGUCGACACGGAAAAAGGAGUGUUUAUUGUUGAAUACCUAGACAACAAGGUAGGUUGAAGGACAACAAGGUAUUGAAUAGGUUGAAUAGGAGAAGUCAGUUUGCUUACAAUAGGCAUUCAUGAGCUCUAUAAGUCACACAGUACGUGGGCUAAGACAUACAGUCAGGUCGAAAGUAAUUGGAUCCCUUGAUAUAGAUGAUCAAAAAAGACUGUGGAAAAUAAAUGAUACAAAUACUGGAGCUGUAUUGUAUGCUCAAUUUUAAAGAAAGAAAAUCAUAUUAUUUUAUGCUAAUACAAUUGCUCAGAGAAAGAGAUUGUGUUUAACAAGUCAUUUUAUUUUAAUCUCAAAAAGAUAUGGAUCCCCAUUUUCAAUAGUCCAGCGCCCACCCCUUGCAAGAAUAAUGACACUGAGCCUUUUUCUGAACUGUUUUAUGAGAUUGGAGAACACAUUGGGAGGGAUCUUUGACCACUCCUCUAAACAGAAUCUUUCCAGGAUAUCUCCUUGGUCUGCGUUUAUGGACUGCCCUCUUCAAUUUAAACCACAGGUUUUCAAUGGGGUUCAAGUCCAGAAACUGAGUUGGCCAUUGCAAAAUGUAGAUUUUGUGGUCAGUUAACCAUUUCUUUGUGGACUUUUGAUGUGUGCUUGAGGUUAUUAUCUUGCUGGAAGAUCCACAUGUGUCCAAGUUUUAGCCUCCUGGCAGAGGCAACCAGGUCUUUGGCUCAAAUGUCCCGGUAAUUGGUCAAGUUCGUGACGCUAUUGACCUUAUUAACAAAGGCCCCAGGACCAGUGGAAUCAAAGUAGCCCCAUAACAUCAAAGAUCCGCCGCCAUAUUUUACAGUGGAGAUGAGGUAUUUUGUGGCCAUGCACUUCUAUUUUCAUGUCACCUGAUCAUAGUUUGCUAAAUGCCAUUGGCACUUAGAUUGGAACCGGUCAUAUGACAUGUUAUAUUUUAUCCAGUCUUUUUUUGCUCGGCUUUAUUAAGGGAUCCAAUCAUUUUGGACUCCACUGCAUGUGGGCUAAGACAGCGCGCCACUGGUUUCAACUGCCGUCAUAGAGAAUAAAAUCCCCAUUUAUCUGCGUAUGCAGUAUGCUGAAUGUUACUGUGGGAGUAUGAAUAAACAUAUGUACAUCAACUAUAUAUUAUUCUGUAUUGAAUAUGGUGUAUUAUAAUUGUAUUACAUUAUUACAUGAUCAUAGUUUUGUUCAUGUCUGUAAUUAGGGUAAAAGUAGUCUAUUUCAAAUACGUAUGUAGUGUGUAGGAUGGAUACGAUUAGGAUAUGUGAUUUAGGUGAAUUGUAAUGGAAUUAACCCCAACCCUGCUACAUUGCAUGAAAAUCCUGGUCAUUAUUGUUUUAGCUGCGUUCAUUUACCCUCUUGUGUUAAUGAAUGAACGCUUUGUCAGACAACAGUCCAAACAGGAGUACACAUUAUUAAAGCUGUCUAUUCAUAUAACAGCAACCUAUGUUACUGACCGCUAAAAUAAGUUUUGUUCGGUCAUUAGAUUAAAUCAUUUUUGUACAUUUUUUAAAAAAAAAAGUAAACAGUGUUAUUUGAUCUGUUUUCUAGAAACUGACUUUGAAGGACAGUCGGUUUAAACCUUCAAGGUGAAAAAAGAGAAACCAAAUGGAACACAGUGGCAAAGACUUCCGAAUAAACCCCUGAUCCAUUUCCCUUUGAGGCCCAACUAGGUUGGCUACAUGAGCCUCUACAAUGACUCACUUUCUUGUGACUUACUUUAAACAGAGUCAGAAUCUCAGUAAUAUCCAUAUAUAUACCCUACUGUUCAAGUGUUUGGGGUCACUUGGAA